CGGCCCAAACUCACUCCAGGCCCGGCCCAAACUCAGAGGGUGCUCAGGAAACACGUGUGGAAAGAGGGGAGCGUGGUGGGUCGGGAAAAGGAGGAGGAGUCGGGGAGACCCGGAGCGGAAAAGAGGCGAGAGCAGAGCUGGGGCGUGGACUGAACAGAGGGCUGUGAACCGCGGGAAGCGGGAGGCGAGAGGCGAGAGGCGCAGACUCGGCGAAGGGGCCGGAGGGCCGGGGCGCACCGGGCGGGAGCGGGCGGCGCGCAGAGCCCCGGCCUCCCCUCCCGAGCCCCGGGCAGGCAUCAUGCGCUUCCCGCCCGCGCUGUUCCUCCCGCUGCAGCUCGCGGCGCUCCUGGCCGCGGGGACCCGGGAGGCGCCGGUGAGCGCGCCGCGCAGCCUGGUGUGGGGGCCCGGGCUGCAGGCGGCCGCCGUCCUGCCCGUCCGCUAUUUCUACCUGCAGGCGGUCAGCGCGCAGGGCCAGAACCUCACUCGCUCGGCCCCAGGUCAAACACUAUUCAAAGUACUAGUCAAAUCUCUUUCACCUAAAGAGGUAGUCCGGAUUCAUGUCCCUAAACCUUUGGACAGGAAUGAUGGGACAUUUUUGGUGCGAUAUAGACUAUAUGACACUGUCCACAAAGGCCUGAAGAUAGAGGUCCUUUAUGGUGAUGAACAUGUGGCACAGUCUCCCUAUAUUUUGAAAGGACCAGUGUACCAUGAGUACUGUGAGUGUCCACAACAGGAUCCUCAAGCCUGGCAGAAAACUCUUUCUUGUCAAACCAACGAGCCACAGAUUGAAGAAGAUUUCACUUCCUUCCCCAGCAUCAACCUCCAGCAGAUGCUAAAUGAAGUUCCCAAAAGAUUUGGGGAUGAGAGGGGUGCCAUUGUCCAUUACACGAUUCUCAAUAACCACAUUUACCGGAGAUCUUUAGGGAAAUAUACAGACUUCAGAAUGUUCUCUGAUGAGAUAUUGCUGUCACUGGCAAGAAAGGUUCAUCUCCCAGAUUUAGAAUUUUAUAUUAAUCUUGGAGAUUGGCCCUUGGAGCAUCGAAAAGUCAAUGAAACCCCCGGACCUAUACCUAUCAUUUCCUGGUGUGGCUCUCUGGAUUCAAGAGAUGUUAUCCUUCCAACGUAUGAUAUCACUCACUCUACGCUUGAAGCAAUGAGGGGUGUUACUAAUGAUCUUCUCUCUGUUCAGGGAAAUACAGGGCCUCCCUGGAGUAAUAAAACAGAGAAAGCUUUCUUCAGAGGUAGAGAUAGUCGGGAAGAGAGGCUGGAAUUGGUACAGAUGUCAAAAGAAAACCCACAGCUACUAGAUGCAGGAAUUACAGGAUAUUUCUUUUUCCAAGAGAAAGAAAAAGAACUUGGAAAAGCCAAGUUGAUGGGCUUUUUUGAUUUCUUUAAGUACAAGUACCAGGUGAAUGUGGAUGGGACUGUGGCUGCAUAUAGGUUUCCAUAUCUCUUGCUUGGGGACAGCCUGGUUCUGAAGCAGGAUUCUCCAUAUUAUGAACAUUUCUACAGAGCACUAAUUCCUUGGAAACACUAUGUUCCAAUUAAAAGAAAUCUUAGUGACUUACUAGAGAAAGUUAAAUGGGCCAGAGAAAAUGAUGAAGAAGCCAAGAAGAUUGCAAAAGAAGGACAGUUGAUGGCUAGGGACCUGCUACAGCCACACAGGCUUUACUGCUACUAUUACAGAGUCCUGCAGCAAUAUGCCAAGCGCCAGUCCAGCAAACCUGAGAUACGUGAUGGGAUGGAACUUGUUCCUCACCUGGAUGACAACAUAUCCAUUUGCCAGUGCCAUAGGAAAAGGCCUUCGAAGGAAGAGCUUUAAUGCAACCCAGACCAGCUACAUUUGUGAGGGAAGACUUAAAUGCUAAGGUGUGAAGAAAGUACAGAAGACUUUACCCAGUGGACCAGUUCUCUUGGUGGCUUUAUAUAAUGUGGCUGGAUACAGUAUUUGAGCAAGUAUUACUAGAUAUAUUUGGAUAUCAAUUUCUUUUAAGUAAAAACUGCUAUUAUCAGCAUCAAAAUUUCUCUAAAAAGAAUAUUUGCAGAUCAUAGUAGAUAGAGAGGCUUGCCAAAACAUGAACCACCCUGCUGACAUUAUAUUCACUGGCUUAUUUUUAUGCCCAGUUUACUCUAUCUCUUCCAGUAAUGAAGAGAAAAAUUUUUGUUUUGUCUCCUCCUUACUGCAUAACUUCUCUUGCAAGCUGCUUUUGGCAUUCAGUAAUAGCAGCUUCCUCUUGGAAAGUCUGAUAAGAAUAGUUAAGGAACAAGAGUAUGACUCUUGUUAAAUGUACCAUGGAGACUAUAGAAGAACUACUUUUGUAAAACUCUGCUCAUAUAUUAUUAGCUAAUUGGGGGGGGGGUUACUGGGGGAUUGAACUCAGGACCUUGCACUU